ACAUUCUCGAAAACAUCAUCCAAGCUGGCUCACAUACAGUACACCGAUGGGUUGGUACGGGAGUAUAUCCUGUUCCGAGGCUUUUCGGGAGCGCUCAAAUCGUUCGAUGCUGAGCUGAAGAACGACAAGGAUAAAAGCUUCCGAGUGGACAAGCUGAUCGACCAGCUGAUGCAGCAGAUUCAGUCGCACGAUCUGCAGGGCUUGAGGGAUCUAUGGUCUCAUCUGAACAAUCACCUCUUUCGCAAUCUGGAGCACAGCUACACUUCUGCGGUCAAUAAAUUAGAGCAGUCGAUGUUGAAACUUUACCUAGUGAUCGCGUACAUGUCUAAUAAACAGGAAAAAGUUAAUGACUUUUUUACCAAAAUGGCUCCGGAAUUGGUAAACCAGAGCGAAUGGAAGGAAUGGUUCUAUUUCCCAUUCUGCAAGAACCCGGAGGAGCAUUCCGCGUUCGCCGUUUGCUUCACCAAGCAGUGGCAAGAUACCCUGCUUAUCUCGCUUCAUAACUUCCUGUCGACCAUUUACCAAUGCAUGCCCCAGCCAACGAUUUCUAAGGUUGAAGCCGAGAGUAGUCUGCUGCGCAAGCUACAGGAAGAAAACGGGCAACUUCGGGCCAAGCUGCAAAGUAUCCAACAACAGCAAGCUGGCUCCAGUUCCACCGGACCGAGUGCUAGCCAUCAUCAGUCACGUUUGUCGAGCUUCUCUUCGGAUGGCAAGAUUCGGUUCGGCAGUAGGGGCUCGGCAGCGAAUCCACAAUCGCUGAACGAUAUCGUUCCGUUCGACAUUCCUCCGCCGGCACAUAUUGUCGAUGAUUUCUACAUCAUUGCCCAGGAAUCGAACAACAUUGGCAAUGCGGCCGAAUCGCAAGCCCGUGGAUUGAAAUCGUUGAUCAAAAACAUAAGCUCCGGGGGCAGCCCGGUGCUGGGCCGCAAGGAUACGGCAUCGGAGCGCAACAAACGGCGCUCCGGGAGCGUGGGUAGCCGCAGCAACUGGAUACAUAGUUAAGAAGCUAGGUUAUUUGGUAUAACUGGUAAUGUUUGUUUAUGGUUUUUCUGUUUUUUGAGCGGUUUACUAUUUAAUGUCCUAUAUGUUAUAUGAUCUCACAAUCUACGAAUAUGCUUACAUAGAAAAAAAUAAACGGAUGUAUAUGGUUAUAAAAUGUAACUUUCGAAAAAUAAGUUUUAUUUCCCU